AGGCGCGUGGAGCGGUGUCUCCUAGGACCCGGGUUGAGGGGUGAAAAUAGAUAUACCUAGAAGCAGUUUUUUUUUUUUUUUUUUAGAAGCAGAUUUUAAAAGCAGUUUCUCUUCAAAUCAUCUUUCUUACCACCUGAUAAGCAUCUUGAUUCACCAUGGCAUUGGCAGCAGUAAAAUGGGCGAUAUCAAGCAGAACUAUCUUGAAACAUUUAUUUCCAAUUCAAAAUGGAGCCUUAUAUUGUGUUUGUCAUAAAACUACGUAUUCUUCUCUUCCAGAUGACUAUAAUUGCAAAGUAGAGCUUGCUUUGACAUCUGAUGGCAGGACAAUAGUAUGCUAUCACCCUUCUGUGGACAUUCCAUAUGAACACACAAAACCUAUCCCUCGGCCAGAUCCUGUGCAGAAUAAUGAAGAAACACAUGAUCUAGUGCUGAAAACCAGAUUAGAAGAAAAAGGUGAACACUUAGAGCAAGGACCUAUGAUAGAACAACUUAGCAAAAUGUUCUUUACUACUAAACACCGUUGGUAUCCUCGUGGACAGUAUCAUAGACGUCGUAGGAAACUGAAUCCUCCAAAAGACAGAUGAUAUUGAGGUUUUCAGGAAUCAAAGAGAAAUGUUAUCCUGCGUCUCAUUUGCCAUUUGAGAAAAUACAAUUGGGUAUAUUCACUCAUAUGUUAUAUAGUAAAAUAAUAAAAUGUCUUCUCAUAUAUUAGAAUGUGUAUUUCUUUAUAUAUAUUAAGUAAUUCUGGAUUUCACAUUCUUAUUUACGGAAGCCUAUUUUUAUUUUCCUUUUGAGUUAUUAAAGUCUACUAUUUAUUUUUGUGUGCCUAGUAUGAUUAAGUACUUUUACAUUAUCAGCCAAAUAGUAGUAUAAAUAUGAUUAAUAAAAACGUGCAUGAUUCUCCUGAAGAUUUUUAAACUGCCUUUGAAAAGAAACUCAUGAGCUCCACAGAAAAAAUAGAUGUUAUAAUGUUUCCUUUUUUGUGGCUCUAGGAAAUAAUUAGUUACAUUUUAAUCAGUUUCUACUACCUGCUAGGUCCUUAGUUUACAUUAUUAUUAAAUUCUCACAAUAAUCCUUUGAAGAAAGUGCAUCAUACCCAUUUUACAGGUAAGGCUAAGUGACUUGAAACCUACCUACCUAGCAAGUGGGAGAGCCAGGAUCCAAACUGUCCAGAGCCUUUUUUACAAGGCAUCACUAUGACAAGAGGUGUUUUGUUUCACCCAAGAAUGUGCUUUCCUAGAAAGAAUAUUAUUCAUUUUGAGAUUUUUUUCCUGGCUGUCUUAAAAAUUAUGCUUGCUUCAGAGCACAUGCAACUCUGUGAUUAAAAUGUUAAUAUUACUAAACUAGUCUUACAAAAAUGUUAAUAGUGUAUUCUGUUGAUUAUCCCUACCAGCUUAUAUAUGAUCCUUAAUAGCACUGAUGUCCCUGCGAUUUCUAUUUAGGAGGUGAGGAGUCUUUCUUAAGAAGGUGAAAAGGUGCUUUAUUCAAACUUGUGCAGUAUUUGUGAUAUUUUAAAAUUUGGUGUGAAAAAUGAUUUCACAUUCAAAGUCUAUUGCUUAAUCUAGUUCUUUGAAUAAAGGAAGGUGAAGGGUCAAGUGUUGAGUAAAAUGUAAGGAAUAGUGAAUAGGAAAGAGUAAAGAAAAUAAUAGUGGCCACCCUCUAUUACAGAAAGGAAGUGUUUUUAAGUGGUUUAUGCUCUUUUCAUUAAUAUAUUAUUCAUUUGGGGGGGAAAGAUCAAAGGAAAAACAAGUCAAUAGAAUUUGAUAAUCAGAAAUAUUAACUGGCUGUGUUUGGUGACAUAGCUUCGAAAAUAGUUUUUUUUCUGGUUGAUUUAUAUCCAGAGUUUUACAAAGAUUGAGAUAUGUAUAAAAGUAGGAAGAAUAAAAACUAAAUUAAUUAAAUAACAAAUUUUCUUCUAAGUACAAGGGUCUGCUAAAUAGAGAUUGCUCAAUUGUAAGAUGCCCAAACCACACAUUCACAUGUCAGUGCUUUGGAGAAUUAACUUAGUUUUUGUUGUACUGGAAAUAUAGUACAUUGUACUUAACACUGUAGUUCCUGGAAUUUUGGUCUUCACGAGUUGCUGAGUAAGUACGUAUUUCAUCACCACUAUCACUUCCCCUGUGCUUCUCCACCUCAGAGGAGUAACCUAUUAUCCACUAUGACUAACACUUUAUGAAAGGUCAGUUUGUUUUUUUCAGAAAUUUAAAAAGUACAUAAAGCCUGAUGCUUCUUUAAAUGGAAUAAAUUUAGCUUCAUGAAAAUCUUACUACCCAGUUCUUACUCUCUUAUUUCCUUCCAUUGGUGAGGUGGAUUAACACACUUCAAAUUGAUAAAAAGCAUUGUCAGUGAAACCACCAGAGGGCACUCUCACAUAGGGUUUAAUUUGAACAUUCCUCAACCAAAGGAUAGUGACUUAACACUUAACAGGCAAUAUGUGGAUUUCUUUAGGUAAGAAUGACUAGUAGAGUAAAUGACCUAGUGAAAUUAGGUGAGGCCGUUAUUGUAUUCAUUCUACUGAUCUAGUCAUUAAGCAUUUAUUGAACCCCUACUACAUAUGGAGAGGCAUUAUACUUUUUGCCAGGCCAAUAACAAAAAAUGGGCCCUUCUUAAGGAGCAUAGUAUCUACUUAACUAGUAUCUAUUGAGCUACUUAACUUUUCUAAUGACUUUGCUUUUUCUUUUUCUUUUUAAUUAAUCUUUGGCUGGGUUGGGUCUUUGUUGCUGC